GCAUGUCAGAAUUGAGUCAAAGUAGAUCAACUGUUCGAUGAUUUAAAUGUUCAUACCUUGCUUUGGUUAAGCUGAUAUGAUUGUAUUGGCUUCUUAGAAGUUAGUUAAAAAAAGGGCAGCCCGGUGCACGUAGCUCCUGCUUGCACAGGGUCCGGGGAAGGGUCCGACCACUUUGGGCCUUUUGUGUGCAGCCUUUCCCUACAUUUCUGCAAGAGGUUGUUUCCAGGACUCGAACCCAUGACCUCAUGGUCAAAAAGAGGCUUCGUAGAAGCUAGAAGUAAUAAAUUCUGAACAUAAGAAAGAGAAAAAAAAAAGCUCCGAACCAUUUUGUUUUGACUAUUAAGAAUAUAUUAUGUGUGAUCAUCACGUUAGUUAGUUCUGGGGAUCCAUGCAGCUGCAAGAGAAGAAACCAUAGUUAUGGAGGGCAUCAUUUAGAUUUGAUUUAGGACUCUAGUUCUUGGGAUCGUGCAGAUGCGAGAUAAGUGGUUUACUGUCAUGGUACAUAGAGGGCACUAAUCAGACUUGAAUUUGGACUCAUUUUUUCCCGAGAAAAAUGCAAAUCUUGCGCCUUGAUGCUUUAUAAUGGAAGAAUAUGUACAUGCUUUAAGUGAGCCUGAGGUAACAGCACAUGUAGGCAACAGCUUUUGAGCCUUGAUACACAAUAUUGAAUAUAUCGAUUGCGUGGAUGAACAAUAUUGGUGAGAGGCGAUCCCCCUGACCUUGCUGACUUGGUGAUUGAGGAGCUUUGUAUGUCACGGUGCGAAACAGCAAGGCAAUCCAGGCUGUGAACUGUAUGCUAAAGCCAAGCUUUCGGAGGACCUCAAAACGAUACAAUCGAAGGAGCACUGAUAUCCAAUUUGAGGACAACUGAGGAGCUUUGAACCUUGCCAGGAACUGCGCCAUGAGCUGUGCCAACAUGAAAUUGUCAUGGAUGCUCCUAUCGUGCAAUGAAGGCUCCUUGGUUUUGCAUCUUCAUUACGUCGAGCUUGGGUGCAGAUACUUCCUAUAAAGCAUUCAUCAAGCCUCAACUCGUGAUUGAUUUUGUUGCCGAGCUUCUUUGCAGACGCAUCUCCGAUGGCCCCAUAAAUUAUAUUGAACGCCUGAAGAUCGCGAAAGCUUUGCAUGGUAUAAAGGUUUAUGUCACACAUAGGGGCGAUGUGCGUAAGAAGUACCGUAUAUCUGGCCUUUCAUCAGAAGGGGCAAGCAAGCUAUCUUUUCCAGUUGGUGAUCAUGGAACUCAGAAGACAGUAAUGCAAUACUUCCAGGAGAAACAUGGCUAUGAUAUUCAGCAUUUUGUUUUGCCUUGCUUGCAAGUUGGUAAUCAGCAGAGGCCAAAUUACCUGCCAAUGGAGGUCUGUAAGAUAGCCGAGGGACAACACUACAGAGAACAGUUAAAUGAGGAACAGUUAUCUGCUCUUCGUGAAGUUACUUGCCAGCGCCCCAUAGAGAAGGAACUGGCCAUUUUACAGACUUCAAAAUUAUACAAUGCGGACCCAUAUACAAAGGAAUUUGGCAUAACUUUUUAUAACAAACUCACAACAGUUGAAGGUCGUGUGCUACCUCCUCCUUACCUUAAAUUUCUUGAUCGCACUGGCAAAAAUGAUGUAUUAGUGUUACCAAAAGUCGGCAAGUGGGACAUGUGGUGCAAGAAAAUGGUCAAUGGAGGAGUAGUUAACACCUGGGCAUGCAUUAACUUUGCUUGGGAAGUCACAGAUGCUCAUGCUCUGAAUUUUUGUGAUGAGUUGGUGCUGAUGUGCAAUGUAUCCGGGAUGGACCUCAGGCCUGAACCUGUGCUCCCUGUAGCAGCUUAUGACCCUAAAUCCGUAGCACGGUCACUCAAGAAACACCAUAAACGUGUCAUGAACAUACUUGGACCACGGCGCCAAAAACUCGACCUGCUGAUUCUAAUAUUGCCUGACAAUAAUGGCACUCUUUAUGGUGACAUCAAAAGAAUAUUGGAGACAGAUAUUGGAGUGGUCUCUCAAUGUUGUCUUGCAAAACAUGUUUUUAUGCCAAAAAAACAGUAUUUUGCGAAUGUUGCCCUUAAAAUUAAUGUUAAGGCCGGAGGGAGAAAUACGGUACUUGUUAGUGCUUUGGAGAGGAAACUCCCCCGUAUUGGUAAAAUACCGACUAUCAUAUUUGGCGCUGAUGUUAGUCAUCCACAUCCUGGAGAAGGAUGUUCUAGUCCUUCCAUUGCAGCUGUUGUUGCUUCUCAAGACUGGCCUGAGAUUACCAAGUAUGCUGGAUUAGUCAGUCCACAAACCCAUCGGGAAGAAGUCAUAAAUAACCUUUUUAAUGAAGAAACUGGUGGAAUGAUCAAAGAGCACCUCAUUUCUUUCAGGAGGGCAACUGGAUGCAUACCUGGGAGAAUCAUAUUUUACAGGGAUGGUGUCAGCAAUGGACAGCUUAAUCAGGUUUUGGAUGUUGAACUUUCUGCCAUAAAAAAGGCCUGUGCAUCCCUGGACCCUUGCUAUAGCCCACGAGUUACCUUUGUUGUCGUUCAGAAACGUCAUCAUACCCGUCUGUUUUCUGAUAACUAUGAUGUUGUGAGUACAAUUUAUGGAAGUGGAAAUGUACUGCCUGGUACAGUGAUUGAUAAAGAAGUAUGCCAUCCCACUGACUUUGAUUUUUAUUUGUGUAGCCAUGCUGUCACUAAGGGAGUGAGCCGACCUGUGCGUUAUCAUGUUCUGUGGGAUGAAAACAAGUUUACGGCUAACGCUUUGCAAACGCUCACAAACCACCUAUGCUACACGUAUGCGAGAUGCACCUCUUCUGUUUCAGUUGUGCCUCCUGUCUACUAUGCACAUCUUUUGGCUUCGCGGGGACGACUUUAUAUCAAACGAGGGCAUGAGGGAUCCUUUCCCGUUCUCAGUGAAAAUGUGAAAGGUGUUAUGUUUUUCUGCUAAAGCAGUUUUGAAAGUGUUGAUAUGGGUGAAUAGGAGCCCAGAACAAUUUACAUUGAGCUUGAGCUUUAGUUUAAUACUAAUCAUGUUUCUGAGUAGAUCCUAAUUACUCCCUCCUAUCCAUUGUACUACAUUAAUCUGCGAUAAUCAAUAUUGGAUCAGAGAGAGUACACUUUAGAUA